AUGCAUAUUCAUAAUCGAUGGGUUCUAUUACUCGUCUUCUCGACCGUGUUCAUCUCCACCCUCUCCCAACGGCUAUUCCUCAACCAGCCACACUCUUAUGCAGUGUUUACCAAUGAUGCGCUUGUAAUUGGAGAAUCUGAAGAAAUCCUGGCUGCCGUCAUAGUGCGGCCCCAAUCCUUUACGGGUACCAUUUUCUCGAUGGAUGGAUAUAAUGGAAAUGCGACGAUAUUUAAGCUACGCGUCGCGUUAUACAAAGAAUUCCUGCAAGUUGACCUCUACGAUGAGAAGGGGGAGGACGCCCUGAAGAAGCCCUUCUCGCAGACGCUGAUCAACGCUUCCGUUGAGCAUCAACUAAAUGUGAAGCUGAACAACAAGAUGGGAAAUCUUGUAUAUCGAGUCGAUUCGAGGGGUGAAGUCAGCAGCGAGAUCUCGACCAAGAUUCCGAUGGAGGGAGCCAAAAUCAGAUUGGUGCUCGGGGCUCAAGACUCUCCUUCAAUCACCGGAUGCCUCGAAGUUGUCGCGAUAUCAACGGAAAAUGGCGAGAAACAGGAAUUGCGGAAAGUAACGGAAAAAGACGUAUCGGAGUGUGGAGCCGAAGGGAAUUGUGCGACUAUGGACUGUGGGCAGGGCAAUUGCCUGCAACUCGAAGUGCCGACAUGUGAUUGCUACGGGACGGAGAAAUCGGGGCCGAAUUGUAAGGACGUCUUCGUAGAUGCCGAAAACGACAAGGGUGUAUGGUACGUCCCCCUCAAGGAAGACCGACACCCAAAAAGGAUCUCCAUGCAGUUCAGGACUGCAACAAACAACGACCAACAGAGCGUGGUGCUGUCAGCGAAUAUAUCGCAGCCGGCGCCUCUGCGUGUGUUCACCAAUGCCCAGGAGGGAACAUUUUUGUUGCUCGCACUGCCGCCAAUUCACUUUCAACUAGAUCAAGGGCUACAGGUUCAUAAACUACUGCUGACGAUGGACUAUGAGACGAAACGGUUUGAGCUUUUUAUCGACGAUGAAUCUGUCGUGAUGCAAAUCGUUUUCGGUCAAUCCGCGCAUAAAGAUGGAGAACGAGAUCUCGGGUUCACCGGCUGUUUGCAUGGAGUCUACGUCGACCAUAUGGAUAUUUUGGAGAAGCUCCACUUUUUGGACCCGAGGUUGGAGAGCGUCGCAAAGGUAGCAAACAUGGAGGGGCGCAAAACCACGGAGGCAUUUGUCGAGUACAAGGAAAAACCGGCGAGUGCUGAUGUGUUCCCGGUUCCGGCCAAGGAGAGGAAACUGCCAAAACUUUCUGAAUGCGAGAAGGCUGAUGAGACGCAGUGCAGACAUGGGGCAAAAUGUGUGAAGGACAAGGGAGUGCCGCGUUGUCAAUGCACUAAUGAUUACACCGGGGAAUUUUGCCAAUUUUCCGUUCUCCCUCGUACUUGCGCCGAGGCGGCAAAACUCGGCCUCCCGAAGGGCGCGACGAAACUCGACCUGGACGGCAGUGGUCCAUUGGAGCGUGUCGUUGCCGAUUGUGAUAAUGGAAAAACCACCGUAAUCCACGAUAUGCCAGAGUUGACGUCUAUCCGGGAUAGCGCCUUCCAAACACACUCGCUUUUUGUGUUAUCCUACAGGGACUUCUCCGGUCAAAAGCUCUCCUCCCUAAUCGGCCAAUCCGAAAAAUGCGAACAACGUGCCCGCUAUGAAUGCAAUGGAGCUCCAUUCAAUUUUGCCCAAAAUCACACGUGGUUCUAUGCAGCGGCAGAUGCAAACAAAACUAUUCAACACUUCGGCGCGACGAAUGAUUUCCAGUGCGCCUGUGCGGCUAGCGGAAGUUGUAUUGGAUCUGGCGCGUGCAAUUGCGAUUCCCAGCAGCAGCCGACCGCUGAUGAGGGUGUCUUCACCAAUAAGAAUGCUGGUAUCACCAAAGUUAUUGCGCUACACCGUCGCUUCGACAUCGACGGCCGCCUAUCUCUCUCGCCACUCACCUGCCAGGGAUACGCCGGUGCAACUGCCGUUCGUCUCCAGAAGACGGGCUCGAUCCCAACGGUCAAAUGGGAUGGAUCGCAUCUCUCAUUCCAGUUCAGGACUGCUGACGAAAAUGCCCUGUUGGCCAGUAUUCAAGCCGAACCGAGGAAUCGAGCUGAGAUUAAGCUGGAAAAUGGCCGAUUCUUGACAUUCACGUGGAAAAAUGGCGCCCGAGAAGUCUCGGUCAUUGUCGAGACCCAACAUCGGUUGAAUGACACGAAAUGGCACUUGGUACGCGUCGAGGCGGCGUAUGGCCAGCUGAUGCUCCACCUCGAUGGUCAACACUCGAUCGUCAGCCUUGGAGAUGGGCAGUUGCCACGAUCGAGACUGUGGAUCGGAGCCGAGCACGGUACCGAAAACGGUCUCCUUGGCUGCAUCCGAUCGGUAGCCGUCAACAACGCGUACGUCAAUUUGGAGGAGUACUUCAAAGAAGCAUCAGAUGUGUCGAUGGGUUGUGAGGAGAAGUGCACCCCGGGAUUGUGCCACAACGAAGCGAAAUGUAUCGAGGAUUUCGGGACCCAGACUGCCAAAUGCAUCUGCAAAUAUCCGCACAUACAUCUGGGUGCUAAUUGUGAAUUGGACCUGAAUGAACGCUCUGACGUAUCGUUCCACGGCGGCUUCUUGCGAUAUGACGCCCGUGAGUGGAAUCCGCUCACCGAACAGAUUGUCGUCUCGGCGCGCACCGACCAACCGCACGGCUUGAUCCUAUUCGCCCACGACCACAACCACAACUUUUUGCAGGUCCACAUCUCCGAGGAGGUCAACGUGACGCUGACGCUCAACAAUCGCGAUAAUGUAUUUGCCUGCAGCGUGACGGCUCGCCCUCGCUCUGAGUUCAGCGACAUGGAGUGGAUCCAGAUUGUCGUCACGCACCACGAUUCCGGCAGCAUCCUGAGCGUUGACGAAGAUUUGUGUUCGAUUUCGGCCGAGCGGGCCCUGGCGACCGAGAGGAUGGACAGCUAUCACUACACAAGACCUGGAAUCGACUUUGUCACAGUGCCAAUCGGUCUGCAAUCUCCCACGAAACCCGAGCCGCUGCUCCAUCUGUUCGUCGGCGGUGUCGAGCGGGAUACGCAUUCGCAGAAAGACGAGAAAAGGUUAACGCCAGUAUACCAAUCAGAGAUCCCGGAUCUGCUUGGCUGCAUCAGAGGACUGCGGGUUGGGUCGAAUAUUGUUGAUAUGAGGGACACAAAGCUUGGCUAUCGCCCGAAAGAUGAUAACCUAGUUCGCCCGCACUGCUCAUUCGGCUGUGAUCAGCUACAAUGCGAACACGGCGGCCACUGCGCGUACGCGUGGCGAAACUACGAUCCAUCCUACGUACGGACAACGUGCGACUGCUCGCGCACCAGCUAUCGUGGAGCAACUUGUGCUUUGGACGACGGCCUUCGAUUUGACGGAAAUUCGGUGUUGGAGUUCCAAGUGGGCGAGAUUUUGAAAUCUGUGAUUCUGGAUGAGGACCCGAAAUAUUCGCAGUUAUUGAAGUUUGCCUUCUCCGCCCGUGUCAGCAUGCACCCAUCCAAACAGCACUUGGCAACAAUUCGUUUCAAAGAUCCGUCUAUGCGUUUCGAACUGAUCCUGAACCGAAACGGCACCAUCAAUGCCGGCGCCGUAUUCGCCAAGGAGAUACAGGUAAUCACGUUCGCCGGCAAUUUCACCGACGGCUUCCGGCAUUUCGUUGUCGUGCAAUUCUCGAAAAAACACGCAACAGCUGUUGUGAUCGACUCGUUGAGACGGGAUUUCGAUGUCAUCGCCAAGGGGGAUAACCUCGAUUUGUACACGGCCGAGAGAAUUGAGAUCGGCGGCCAACCCGAAGAAGUCUUCGUCCCCAACAACCGCGCCAAGCGCCAACUCGAAAACCCGAGUCGAUUGUCGACGAAUUAUGAGGGCUGUAUUAGCAAUCUACUCGUGGAUUACCAGCGAUCCCAGCUGACGUUUGAACCGUUCGGGUAUCUAGGGAAUUCGGCGCAUCCACAUUCAUCUAGGGUCCGAAUGCUGCCGAAUACGGCCGAGCGGGUAAAAUGCGCCGAUUUUUACGAGGCUAACGCCUUGCCGAGCUACCAGAACACGGUAGAGUUCCCGAAUUGGUCGACAAACUUCGCGCGCAGAACCUACAACGAUCACGCUCCUCUCGAUCAAGAGGAAGGCGAUGGCGAUGCCACAAAUUGGUGGUUGAUUGGGCUAUUGCUCAGCCUGCUCCUCAUCACCCUCCUCAUUGUCGGGCUGUGCUGCUACUGCGCGUGCAAGGAUCCGAAGCCAGAGCCGAAAGAAAAACCGGAAGAGCAUGUUCCGUUGCGUCCGCAAGACUUUGGAAACCAUACCCCGCCACCGAAACCCCUAGUUGAACAACGCCCCCACAACAAAUACGAAGUGCCCGAGCCGGACACGGUGCUUGAUACCAAGGAGCGGGCUUCGUGGGCUGGAUCCGUAGAUGAUGACUUCGAGGGGACGCUGACGGAAGGAAUGGAUGAGGAUGCCGACUUGCCCACACCCACGGCCCCGAUGUCGCUUCCGCCUUUCCGAGGACCUCUAAACGGGGCAUCCGCACAAUUGAGAUCUCCACAUUUUUCCGCGCCGAGCCCGCCUCCGAGGAGUCCGCUGUCACCCACAUCCCUAGGCAAACUU